UUCUUGCUCGUUGCCGUCUGUGGGUGUUCUGGGCGGAUGCGUGUUCUGCUUGCGGCCCUUCACAUUGUUAUUUUCUGGGAGUUUGAGUGACGCUCCGUCGCAAUCUGGUUGUGGAAGUGAAGCGCUUUCGUUCGUUACCUGCCCAUCGGCAGGUGGCGUUUAGGUUUGUUUGACUACCAAUCGUACUGGUCAACGUUACCAGUAUAGCGGACGCCGGACAGGAACCACCCGGCCGUUAUCGGGAGCAGGUGCUUCUCCCUGGCUUGAAGUCAGGUGUUCUGGGCGGAUGCGUGUUCUACUUGCGGCCCUUCAUAUUGUUAUUUUCUGGGAGUUUCAGUGACGCUCCGUCGCAAUCUGGUUGCGGAAGUGAAGCGCUUUUGUCCGUUAUCUGCCAAUCGGCAGGUGGCGUUUAGAUUUGUGGGACUACUACCAGAAUAGCGGACGCCGGACAGGAACCAUCCGGCCGCUUUCGGGAGCAGGUGAUUCUCCCUUGCUUGAAGCCAGGUAAGCAUCUCCCAUUCAGUCCCCAAUAUUUCACUGAAGGUGUGCGCGGAGUUCUAGUAGUACAGCAGACCUAACCCGUAACGAUUUAUAAUUGGGAAAGGCUUCUGCUGAUGUAGAGGGGACGGCUCGAUACCGGGACGCUUUGACAGCCAAAUUUGUAUAGACCCAAACCGAUCAUCAGCGUUGAUUUAUCACUCGAAAUAUGUUUGUGGAAGGAAGCUGGCAUGUUGAAGUUUGCUCUGGGGCCAGAGUCAAUCGAACUGAGCCACUCCUUUGUGUUGACCCAUUGCCUCCAAGUUGCCCAAUUUUUCGCUUCAAAAAAGUUCAAAUCAGAGGUGGCUCCAAACUGGACACGUUUUAGAGUGCACGUCAAAUUAACUCUGGGUCUGAAAUUAGGUAAUUGCUAUCGCCCCACGACGGCCAGUACAGAGUAACAAUAAGCCUUGUUUGUGCUUCCAUUAGUUUUGAUUGGUAUGCGGUGCUUUAUUGGCGAGAGGCGAGCCGCUGUUUACCUGCGACAAGAAGUUGAUUUUUCGAAAGUCGUAAAAUUCAAGUCGCAGUGCGAAGCAACGCGUCAAAAACUCACCUGCUUGGUAUGGCGCUUCUGGUCAUCGCAGAGCCAUGAAAUUUUGGCUCGGAGUAUAACACAUCGUAGUCUCACUGUGACAUAUGUUUUCUAAUCAAAAUACCAAGAGAGAAAGUGAAUAUUGAGUCCGUUCCGGUUUGCAACCUAUGUCCUAUUUGAGACCGUCCCCUCUACAGUACUCCGUGUCGUGUGCUCACAUUUGUCCCCAUGGUGUUGUAUUGCUCAUAGUGAAGCGCAGCAACGGCAAUUCAAACGCGAAGGUAUUUCGGCUGCUGGAAUAUCCACUCACUCGCAAUCCGUGUGCUUUACAGGCAGAGAAAAUUAAUAGUAGUCGAUGAAUAAUUUCGUCAAAUUCCAAAGAAAGGACUUCUUCCAAUCGGAAACGGUGACCACGAGAAAAACAAAAUUAAUUGGAAAGUUUCUUUGAGCUAAAAUUUUAGUGAAAAAGUUGUCAGCGCUUUCUAGGUUGUGCACAGUGCCAUAGCUUAGAUGGUUAGAGCUAUGCUCAUGACAAGCAAGGUCGCAGGUUCCAGUCCUGUUGGGGUUUGCAUUUUGUUAUCUUGUCAGGGCAGUCCAAAUCCCUGACAGAUCACUUUGCUGGGGCGCCACCAGGUUCUAAAAAGUUGUAUGACCGAAAGGAGGCGAAGAGAAAGAGGGGGUCUGAGGGACAUGUCCACCUUAAAAAAUCUUAUUUUCGGGAGCGGAUUCUGUAUCGCAAAGACGUUUCUAUCAGUUUGAAUAACAAAAAUAUAGAAACUGCCGACUUGUCAUUACAAUUGUCGCUUCGCACCUCGCAAUGUUUGUGACUUGAUGGUCUUAGUCAGGCUGUCGGAAUCACUGUUUUCUGUGUACGAACAUUGGUAUGACCCUUCCCACCCAAUUGCUAUGAAAGCCGUUGUGGUCUUGGAGCUCUCUUCCGCAUCAAACAAAUUCUUCGGGUUCCGCAAUAUUUCGCCCAGAGUGCGAAUCUUUUUUUUGUAGUUCUUACCGGCCCACAUUCCCUCCCACCGCUUUAGGAGCUGCAUCUGCGCCUUGAUCCUUGAAGGGUGGUGGCGUUCAUGCGGAUGCGGAAAACUUGGCCUCUAGCCGAGUCUGACGCAAACCAUGAUUUUUUUUUGCAAACAAAGGGAUAUGAAUCCUGGUGUAACGUUAUCUCUUGAAUUUGGCAUGCUGAAGUUGAGGUUUGCAAGAACAAAGUGUUCUCAAAUUCCUGAAAUGCGCUACCUGUGGUGCAUGUUGCUGCGAAGGUAGCUGGCCUGCAAACAGCAACAACAUGAGCGCAGUGCUUGUCAAGGAAAGAAGGUGCUGAACUGCUUACCCUAUCUCUCUGCUGCUACUGCUACUGCUCAUUAUAAUCUAGUGUAAAAAAUGCUAGUAUGACGUCAUCGCCUGACACCUGCAGGCAUCCAUUGCUUGAAAAAAAAAAUUUCAUGACCUGAAUUUGAACACGCUUCUUGUUCAGCGUUUUGUUGAGUACUGAAGGGUGCGCCUCAAAUCCUGGUGAAGACGUCGACCCCAGCCGCAAUUGCAGCAAAGCAGGAGGCCACAAAUUGUAGCUUAAGCUGUGUUCACAACUGGCGCGUGCACGCGGUACGCUUGCGGUUCGUGCGUGCCCAGAUGCGCACUCAGCCUUUCACAAAAAAACAGCAAUCCGAGUCCGUAUUUAGCGUGUUUAGCGACACCUUCGAGUACCAAUUUUCUGACCCCGCCAGUCAAAGUGACUGCUGGCAUGUACGCUGGUAACCCGCCAGUCAGGGUGACUGCUGGCAUGUACGAUUGUACCCCGCCAGUCAAAGUGACUGCUGGCAUGUACGCUGGUACCUCGCCAGUCAGAGUGACUGCUGGCAUGUACGCUGGUACCCCGCCAGUCAGUGUGACUGCUGGCAUGUACGCUGGUACCCCGCCAGUCAGAGUGACUGCUGGCAUGUACGCUGGUACCCCGCCAGUCAGAUUGACUGCAGGCAUGUACGCUGGUACCCCGCCAGUCACAGUGACUGCUGGCAUGUACGGUUGUACCCCGCCAGUCAGAGUGACUGCUGGUAUGUACGCUGGUACCCCGCCAGUCAGAAUGGCUGGCAUGUACGCUGGUACCCCGUCAGUCAGAGUGACUGGCACGUACGCUGGUACCCCGCCAUUCAAAGUUACUGCUGGCAUGUACGCUGGUACCCCGCCAUUCAAAGUGGCUGCUGGCAUGUACGCUGGUACCCCGCCAGUCAGAGUGACUGCUGGCAUGUACGCUGGUACCCCGCCAGUCACAGUGACUGCUGGCACGUACGCUGGUACCCAGCCAGUCAGAGUGACUGCUGGCAUGUACGCUGGUACCCCGCCAGUCAGAUUGACUGCAGGCAUGUACACUGGUUCCCCGCCAGUCACAGUGACUGCUGGCAUGUACGCUGGUACCCCGCCAUUCAAAGUGACUGCUGGCAUGUACGCUAGUACCCCGCCAGUCCGAGUGACUGCUGGCAUGUACGCUGGUACCCCGCCAGUCAGAUUGACUGCAGGCAUGUACGCUGGUACCCCACCAGUCACAGUGACUGCUGGCAUGUACGCUGGUACCCCGCCAUUCAAAGUGACUGCUGGCAUGUACGCUGGUACCCCGCCAGUCAGAGUGACUGCUGGCAUGUACGCUGGUGCCCCGCCAGUCAAAGUGACUGGUGGCAUGUACGCUGGUACCCCGCCAGUCAGAGUGACUGCUGGCAUGUACCCUGGUACCCCGCCAGUCAGAGUGACUGCUGGCAUGUACGCUGGUACCCCGCCAGUCAGAUUGACUGCUGGCAUGUACGCUGGUACCCCCCCCCCCCCCCCCCCCCAGUCAGAGUGACUGCUGGCAUGUACGCUGGUACCCCGCCAGUCAAAGUGACUGCUGGCAUGUACGCUGGUACCCCGCCAGUCAGAGUGACUGCUGGCAUGUACGCUGGUACCCCGCCAGUCAGAUUGACUGCAGGCAUGUACGUUGGUACCCCACCAGUCAGAGUGACUGCUGGCAUGUACGCUGGUACCCCGCCAGUCAGAGUGACUGCUGGCAUGUACGCUGGUACCCCGCCAGUCAAAGUGACUGCUGGCAUGUACGGUUGUACCCCGCCAGUCAGAGUGACUGCUGGCAUAUACGCUGGUACCCCGCCAGUCAGAGUGACUGCUGGCAUGUACGAUGGUACCCCGCAAGUCAAAGUGACUGCUGGCAUGUACGCUGGUACCCCGCCAGUCAAAGUGACUGCUGGCAUGUACGCUGGUACCCCGCCAGUCAGAGUGACUGCUCGCAUGUACGCUGGUACCUUUGCCAGUCAGAGUGACUGCUGGCAUGUACGCUGGUACCCCGCCAUUCAAAGUGACUGCUGGCAUGUACGCUGGUACCCCGCCAGUCAAAGUGACUGCUGGCAUGUACGGUUGUACCCCGCCAGUCAGAGUGACUGCUGGUAUGUAUGCUGGUACCCCGCCAGUCAGAAUGGCUGGCAUGUACGCUAGAACCCCCUCAGUCAGAGUGACUGGCAUGUACGCUGGUACCCCGCCAGUCAUAGUGACUGCUGGCAUGUACGCUGGUACCAUGCCAGUCACGGUGACUGCUGGCAUGUACGCUGGUACACCGCCAGUCAGAUUGACUGCAGGCAUGUACGCUGGUACCCCGCCAGUCAGAGUGACUGCUGGCAUGUACGCUGGUACCCCGCCAGUCAGAGUGACUGCUGGCAUGUACGCUGGUACCCCGCCAGUCAGAGUGACUGCUGGCAUGUACGCUGGUACCCCGCCAGUCAGAGUGACUGCUGGCAUGUACGCUGGUACCCCGCCGGUCAGAGUGAAUGCUGGCAUGUACGCUGGUACCCCGCCAGUCAAAUUGACUGCUGGCAUGUACGCUGAUACCCCACCAGUCAAAGUGACUGCUGGCAUGUACGCUGAUACCCCGCCAGUCAGAGUGACUGCUGGCUUGUACGCUGGUACCCCGCCAGUCAGAGUGACUGCUGGCAUGUACGCUGGUACCCCGCCAGUCAGAGUGACUGCUGGCAUGUACGCUGGUACCCCGCCAGUCAAAGUGACUGCUGGCAUGUACGCUGGUACCCCGCCAGUCAAAGUGACUGCUGGCAUGUACGCUGGUACCCCGACAGUCAGAGUGAAUGCUGGCAUGUACGCUGGUACCUCGCCAGUCCGAGUGACUGCUGGCAUGUACGCUGGUACCCGCCAGUCAGAGUGACUGCUGGCAUGUCCGCUGGUACCCCGCCAGUCAGAGUGACUGCUGGCAUGUACGCUGGUACCCCGCCAGUCAGAGUGACUGCUGGCAUGUACGCUGGUACCCCGCCAGUCACAGUGACUGCUGGCACGUAUGCUGGUACCCCGCCAGUCAGAGUGACUGCUGGCAUGUACGCUGGUACCCCGCCAGUCAGAGUGACUGCUGGCAUGUACGCUGGUACCCCGCCAGUCAAAGUGACUGAGUGACUGCUGGCUUGUACGCUGGUACACGCCUGAUACACGCUGAAAAUUACAACAUCAGAUAAUUAACAUUUGGUUUACAAAUCAAUUGGCUGGAAAGCCCAGUGCCCUCCCUAUGCUUUGCUUUCACCUAGGUUUUCAUGCUUAUUACUUCAGUUUCCUAAUCAUCAAUUUCUAUAAAACUGAUAGAAACGUCUUUUCAAUAUGAUUAUCAAGUACAUCUUUAUGUAUGUUUGUGCAAAGACGUUUCUAUUGGUUGGAUAGAAAUAGAGGAUUUCUUAUGGUACGCAAGCUCCACUGCAGCCACUUCAUUACAUGGAGAUCCCUGCACACACCAUUCUCAAAUCAAAUAGUCUCUUCGCUGAACAUUACUUAUGUCUUAAUCAAAUUUUCCUACAAGAAAACUAUGAAUUAGCCUCUGGGAUAUAGCUGAUGGUAUUACCGCUCUUUAGAGAUCGGAUAGCUCUAAUUCUGCGAUGACCAUGCCCGGAAUUUGCCGGAAGCCUGAUUGGUUAUCUUCCAAGCUCUGGGCGUCGAGACCCCCAGCAUAAUGGUUCAAAACCCAAUGAUCCCGAGGGACCCAUUGGAACUUUAUUAGCUGGAGGAGUAUGCACCAUGUCCUGGGAAAUUGUCAGAGAAACCACCUAGGGGAUUAACACCAGAGCAGAAGAGUACGGUUUUUACCGCUCUUUAGCGACGAAAUGGUUCUAGUCUAGUGCCCUUUUCUGCGGAUUCUCAGUCUGUCGGAGUACUUACUCAGAGAGUUGUCAUUAUUAACGAAGAGCACAGCUUCAAGGCUGUGCUGUAAAUGACGGGAGGUCGUUUGCAUCUGCUUUUGUAGAUUUUCCCGGGAACUGGAACCCUGGGGUUGAAGUCAGUAUCUGCAAAACUUAGACUGCGACAGAAAACAAUAGCCUGAUCUAUGUGUUUGGUCUUCUUUGAACAUGCGAGUGAGCGUGCGGACAUGUUGGUGCCUGGAGUGGCGAAUGGAUGUCCAGUAAACGCUGUGAUUGACACAGGAUCCGCCGCUACAUUGUCAGAGGAUUUUGCCAAACGCCUAUAUAAGGAGCAGGAAAAGGAAACCUCUGACCAAGGCCCGAAGUCGAUUGGUGCCAACGGACAACCACCGCCGCCCGAGACGAGGAGGACACAGUUCGAGUAUUUGACAGCGCUCCGCCAGUUGGCGUGAUGGAAAGGCGAACCCCGCGUUCCCGCUAUCCGCCCCAGCUGUUUGGGAGUCCUGUGUGGCACGAGUAAGUGACUUCAGUGGUACUGACUGGAUUGGUUGUGUUCGAUAUUACAGUUAGUCUUUGGAAAAAUGUUGGCAGGGACUCCAAUUUGACCCUGCACUCGUUUAGUUAUUGUUACCUAUACUCUUAGUCUAAUUUAUUAAGUUACUUAUAACACGAGGACGUGUUCUUUUUUCCGUGUAAGCGGGGGAUAUGUCGUAUCCAUACUAUUGACACGUGCCUUUUAGGCCUCUACUUGACAAGUCUGCCUUAUUGAGGUUUCUAAUUAUUUAUUUAUCUCCCGUAAACGGAUUCCUAAUCGCCUUUUUUUAUGUCUUCACACAAAGUCUGGCACCUUCCUUAUUUGUUAUACCCUGUUUUUCCUUAGCUGGCUUCCGCUCUUUGUGAUACAGUUUAUACACAUUAUUGCUAAGUUUUGGUACACUGCGGCAUGCGGGUGUACUAUGGUUCAUUAUUUGUCCUAUAGUUCGUAGAUCUACGGGGGAUCAGCCUCCUGUACGUAGUUACAUAUUAUGGCAAUCGCCUUUCUCUCUGUUUCUCUCUCUCUCUCUCUCUCUCUCUCUCUCUCUCUCUCUCUCUCUCUCUCUCUUUCUCUAUCUCUCCUUGGCCUUCCGCCUUCAGGCGGAAGCUUCGGCUUUCGUCUCUCUUGCCUUGUGCUCUCAUAUCAUCUCUUGAACGAAAUUACCUUCGUUGAAGAUGUGAGUAAACCUGAA